AUGUCUUCGGAGCUGAAUGCGGAGAACGGGCCGCCAACCAGCGGUAGCGGCGCGGCCCAUGGUCCCAACUGGGGCUACAGCUGGGGGUGGAGCGCCACCCCAGGAGGCGGGUGGGGUUAUGGGUCUGGGUCUGGGAGAUCACCCGCUGGGUUUGGGAGGGGGUCUGGUUUUGGGUUUGGCUCUGGGUCUGGCUCUGGGGGUGGUGGAGGUCACGGUAGUGGCUAUGGGUCUGGUUAUGGAAAUUCCGGGGGCGGGGCUGGUUGGGGUGGAGGAGGAGGAGGGGGAGGAGGAGGGGGAGGAGGAGGAAACAACCAUGGCUGA